ACACACACACACACACACACACACACACACACACACACAAUCUCCUAACAGACCUAAAUAGUGUUUUUCUGUUAAAGCCACAAGUCAUUUGCUUACUUUUUCCACACAAGCAUCUCCACAGAGAGAUCAGGUGUUGAGAUGUCUCCAUGGAAACCACUUUCUGCUUCUAGCAGCUCUCGUGGCCUACUUGGCAUCCUUGUAGACUAAAAUUCUUCAAUGUUGGACUCACAUUUGAUCCCCUUUUCCUGCCUGACCUGCAUACAUGGUGCCAAGUAGAUUUUUGGGAAAAGAUUAUUUAUCUUCCUGCAUCUUAAGGCACGCCCAGUUAUGCAAACCCAGUGAAGAUCCUGGAAGGAACUCGGGCUGUUUCUAAUGCUGUUUGCUCAUCAAACUGUGUCUCUGCUCAGAUUGUAAAUGUGAAAGGGGCCCCGCCCUCUCAGCUAUCGCUGACAGGAAGGCCACCGUUUAGCUGAGUGUGUGUUUGUGUUUCAGCUGAACUGUUUGGUCCUGUGUUUCCACCAGUUGUCAUGGCAACACGGCAGCAGUGCUUUGUCCUUGGGAGACAACGCUCUCAAAUCAGAUGGAUUUCUGUCAUUUUGCUCUUAGUUUGGAGCCGUCCUACAUGUGGAGAUGACUUUAUAAAAUGACUUUAUUGCUUGUUGAGCAGCUGGUGAGGAGCCUGGUGUAGGGCCUUUUCCUUCUGGGUUCUUUAUUUUUUCCAUUUCAGCCUCCGUAAACAAAGUGUGCCGAGAGGAACCUGUGUGUCACCCACAUCAACAGAUGCUGCAGCGUGAAGAAGAUCCAACAAUAGAAGCACUAAAUAACGUCGCACUACAUGAUCGGCUAGGCGUUGGCACAUUUACCUAGAAGAAUUUGGCUGCAAAGCUGCAGUGGAGCUUAAAUGAGAGCUCCAGAGGCACCAGGGACCUGCAGCAGGUGAUGGUGUCGGGUCCGAAUCUAAACGAGACGAGCAUCGUCUCUGGAGGCUAUGGAGGAACAGCAGAGGGGAUUAUUCCCACCAGCUCAAUCAAAGGCCCUGCUGUGCACUACAAUCCUGAGUUUAACAAAAGGAUACCUGUAACUGGAUUAGGUCCCAACAUGCACCACAGCAGCAGCAGCUCAUCAAUGGCAGCUGAAGAAACAACCCGCGGCGUCGCUGUGGAGAAAAUCGAAGCAAUGAGGAAAUGGAGUUUGAACACCUAUAAGUGUACAAAACAGAUGAUCUCUGAGCGAUUUGGACGGGGUUCGCGGACUGUGGAUCUAGAAUUGGAGGCCCAGAUUGAGCUGCUGAGGGACACGAAAAGGAAAUAUGAAAAUGUGCUGAGGUUGGCCCAAGCUCUGACCAAUCAUUUUUACAACAUGGUGCAGACGCAGCACUCACUGGGGGACACCUUUGCUGAUCUCAGUCAGAAAUCUCCAGAGUUACGGGAUGAGUUUGGCUACAACGCAGAGACUCAGAAGCUGCUGUGCAAGAAUGGGGAGACUUUACUGGGUGCUAUUAACUUCUUUGUGUCCAGCAUCAACACAUUAGUCAACAAGACUAUGGAGGACACCCUAAUGACUAUCAAGAUGUAUGAAAAUGCAAGACUGGAGUUUGAUGCCUACCGGUCAGACCUUGAGGAACUCAGUCUGGGUCCAAGAGAUGCUGUUGCCAUGGCGAGGAUUGAUGCGGCUCAGCAACAGUACCAAGUUCAUAAAGAAAAGUACGAACGCCUUCGCUCGGACGUUACCAUUAAACUCAAGUUUCUGGAGGAGAAUAAGGUGAAGGUAAUGCACAAGCAGCUCCUGCUCUUCCAUAAUGCAAUCUCAGCAUACUUUGCAGGCAAUCAGCAGCAGCUGGAGCAAACUCUGAAGCAGUUUAACGUAAAGCUGAGGCCCCCGGGAGCUGACAAGCCCUCCUGGUUAGAGGAGCAAUGAGACGCCCUGCAGGACUUCCAGCAGCCACCUUCACUUGUUACCUGCUCAAGUCCCAAACUUACAGAGGGCCACACCAGAAGGAUGCGCACAAUAAACAUUUGGUGAAGAUAUGAAGAGUUUUGACCUGAUGAGCGAACUGGUGUUUUGAAGGUUUUAGUUGGUUUUUGUGCUAAACGCAGGAGAAAACUUGAGUGGCUCAUUUUACGAACCUUCAGGGGCCUUUGAUGUGCCUCUUUUCCCAACUUUACUGCUCCACCUUAACCUCUCUGUGCUUCGUUUCUAUAGUAACCGUUCUCAUCCACCUGACCUAAUCUCUCCCGUUGAAGACACGAUUCUACUGUGAGCUUGUGUUGGUCGUGGUACUCCUCAAGUGAUCCCAGUGCAGACGGAGUUGGUCUCCCAGUUCAAAUGUAAAAGAAAGAAAAUGAAGUGAUUAAAACCUCUAACUCCUGUCUCCUUUGACCCUUCCAACCAUCGUCUCUCCCACUGUGCCUAUUUAUGAGCCGAUUUUAUCACUGCAAGAACGUUGACCACACUAAAUGAAGAGGCUUCAUAUAGAACCAUAUAUAUCUAUGUACAUUUCAAAUUAAAUCACGAAAAAAUAGACCUAAAAACACUACGGCGUAUGUAGUUUUGAGUAAUAAAAACUUAUGAUUCUGUUUUCUAAUUUUGACUACUUUGACAUCUGUGCUGUGUGUUAGUGACCGACUUUAUCAACAUUCUUAGACAAAUGCAACAAUCAUGUAAGGAACACUGCCACAGCUUUCCAAAGUAUUAGUCUGGGUCAUUUCUGCUUUAUUUACCCAAAGAGUUAGUGAUGUUUGUUUUGGACGUUGACUCUUAUUUUGUUUACAUGAGUUUUUUAAGCAUCUUUGAUUGGUCUUGACUGUGGAAUGUACUCAUUUCCUUUAAAGUGGGGUUUAUAAAACCGUUAAUGAAGUGUAUGAAUCAUAGGGAAACAUUUUUUAUUCUUUAAUGUUUUUUUUAUUCUAUCUGUCUUAAAUGUGUGAUUACUCGGGGCCACACCUAGAAUGUCUGUCUAUCUUUCUUCACACUGAAGAUGAUCCUGUCGAUCUGUUACUAAUUUUAUUACGUUAGCAUUAAAUCUUAAUUAAUCUGGGCUUGUGAUAACACUAAUGAUUUUACUAGACGGUGAGCGACUGUUGCAACUAUUCCAUUAGCAUUAGCACACAAUCUUUCAUUUAAGUAUUGUCUCUGUACGUAUUGUGUUGAUCUCUGUUUCACACUAGAACUGUUUGGUUAUGACCGUUUUAUAAGAUGACAAUUUAUUAAAAAAACAGCUCAGGAUAACCAGAUCGCUGACUGACCUGCUUCAAAAGUAAAUGAUUAAGAUCAAACUGCUUAAGUGUGAUGAAAAGAAGCUGAUUGAAUGUUUGUACGAUGGGAUUUUCUUCAGUUAUCGGGUCGGUCAUUCUUCCUGCUUCUUGUCUUUGUACUUGCAUGGCAGGUAGUACAGGUGCAGAUAUGUGUUCUUACACUGAAGCUCCGUUCUCCCUCUCAGCUUGCAUGGGCUGGUAUGAUGUCAUGCUGAUCUAAGUGUUAUAACUGGCUGAAAGAAAUUUUAAAGGUAUCAUUUUUUAGACGGGCUGCACCUUUACAGACAUGAAUAUAAAUCUAAGUUUGAUGUGGUGACCUUAAACCACAGUACACCGGCCAGCUCCUGGUCUGCUUGACUGUCAUGAAGCAAUAUCAAUGAAAUGUGAUUCAUUUUUUCCCCUAAUUGUCCUUUAAAUGUCCUCAUUAAAUUUUAAAGAUCAAUUGCAAUACAUUGCCAUUUUUAUUUUGUUCCAUAUUUGGAAAAAUAUGACAGACCUGACAAAUUUCACAAAGGACUUUAGAUUGCUGCCAAGAGCAAGAUUUCUAAAAUUAUAUAUUUUAUUUGUGUACAAUCAAAUGUUUUCUAGACCAAGCUGAUAUUGUACAGAUGAUGAACAUGAGCUAUUUAUGGUUAAGUCAUGUCGUGGAUACUCUGAUUUUAUUCCUCACACCUGAGAAGAUCUAUUCAAAUUAAAAGUACAAAUUUUCAAAUAAACUGUUUUCGUUUUGGUUCAUAACUUAUGUACUGAACUUUGUUUUGUUCUUAUAAAUUGAAAAUGGAAAAGAAAACGAUGUUUUCAAAUUUAGACAUUUCAAAUUGUUAUAUUCAACCAUGAAAAUGUAUUUAAUUAAAUUCUGACGUAAGAGACGA